AUGGUUCAGUGUGACGGUUGCAAUGAGUGGUAUCAUUUCUCGUGUGUAGAAGUGUCAGAAGGGAUUGCUGACGUGAGCUGGAUCUGCAUGAACUGCGAACACGCAAAGGAUCUAACCCCUUCCCCUCUGCAUACCCCCAACGUAAGCAGUACCACAUCCACUGUACGGUCAAAGAGCAAGGCAAGCAGCAUCGGAAGUCAGGCCAAACGGAGACAAGCUUUGGAACUACAAUGGUUAGAGGAGGAAAAGGAGUUGGAACGACGAUAUUUAGAACUCAAGUACAAGAUUCUGUUAGAGGGCGGUAGCGACUGCUCGUCGAUUGUUAGUGAACCCCAAUCAGUAUCAAUGUCGAAGGUGAAGAAGUGGAUAGACGACACGGAUGGAUACGGCGAGAAGGUUGACUGCGGAUCUGAAGCCGAGGAACUAGAGAAACGUCCACCGAGGAACUCGACUGCGUCUAUAGAGCACCAUGCUCCAGUUCCAGAUCAGCAGCGUGCGACUCAAGUUAAUAUCCAACUCCGACGACCCCCACAACGUGUUUCCGGCCAACAAGAGACUCGGCCAAUCUUCGGCAGCUCCCAUAUGCGACAAUCAGUCGCUCUCGCACCGGAGGCUGGAUCAUGGGUCGAAGCGAAUGCGUUUGUACCAGGUCAGCGUUCCACCCCCGUUGGACGACCAUCCCUCCCAGCGCAUGGGCUCAGUGACGACACGGCUUGUGUGUUGAAUCGAAGUCAAAUCGCCGCACGCCAGGCAGUUUCGAAGGAUUUGCCGGACUUCAGUGGUAAUCCGGAAGAUUGGCCGCUGUUCUUCUCGAUGUUUAACUCGUCGACUCAGAUGUGCGGAUUCUCCAAUGAGGAAAAUAUGUUACGGUUGCGUAAGUGCUUGAAAGGAAGAGCAUUGGAAGCAGUAAGAUGUCGCCUGCUCCACCCAUCGAACGUUGCGGGAGUCCUUUCAACUCUCAAGAUGCUCUAUGGACGCCCGGAAGCAAUCGUGCAGGCGGUUAUCAAGAAGAUACGAUCAUUGCCGUCACCGAGCAUAGAGAAGUUGGAGACAGUGGUGAACUUCGCGCUGACAGUUGAGAAUUUGGUCGCUACCAUUCAAGCGUGUGAGGUUAGUGACUUCGUCUACAAUGCAUCGCUGCGAUACGAGUUAGUAGGGAGGUUGCCACCAACGUUGAAGCUGAGCUGGGCCAGGUUCUCAAGGAACAACCCCACUCCGAACCUAUUGGAUUUCAGUACGUGGCUGUACGAGACAGCAGAGGAUGCAAGUGCGGUCGUAGAUACCGUAUUCAGCGAUCAACGGUUUCGCGGUACUAAGCGGGAUGGUUUCUUGAAUGUUCACUCGGAAAUAGACUCUAAGGAUUCGAAAUCAGCCAACUCUCCACAGAAACCAACCAUCGUUGACACCAAGAAGUGCGUGGCGUGCAAAGGGGAUUGUACGAUGCUGGCCAAGUGCAAACAGUUCGUAGACCUAAGCUACGAUUCGAAGUGGGCGACAGUAAGAGCUUACAAACUUUGUCGCAAAUGCCUGCGUAAACACAACGGGUCAUGUAGACAAGAAAAACCAUGCGGAACGAAUGGCUGUACAUAUCUGCACCAUCCUCUGCUUCACGGUUACGGAAACCCUCGAUCUGGUGAAUCUCCUACAGCAGCCGCUGUUUACGAGAAGAGUUGCAACGUGCACCAAGUGCAGUCGGAGAUCUUGUUCAGAGUAGUUCCGGUCAUUUUAUACGGCCCAUCGAAGGCAAUUCGAACCUACGCAUUCCUGGACGACGGCUCAGAACUCACGCUUCUAGAACAGAGUUUAGCAGACGAGCUCGGGUUAAGGGGACCAAAGAAUCCACUGUGCCUGAAGUGGACAGGCGAAACCACCAAGAUCGAAAACAGAUCACAAAACGUUAGUCUUCAAAUCUCCAGUGUAACGAACCCGAUCAAGAGGUAUGAUCUCUCCAGUGUACGAACGAUCAGAAAUUUGCAGAUCCGACCACAGACUCUCCUUACCUCGGAGUUGCAACAGAGAUACCAGCACCUCAUGGGACUACCGAUUGAGUCGUAUAACGAGGCCAAUCCGCGAAUCCUAAUCGGCUUGGAUAAUGCCACUCUCGGAUAUGCAAUGAAGAGUCGCGAAGGACAGUCAAAUGAGCCGAUUGCAAUCAAAACACGGCUCGGCUGGAUUGUUUUCGGCAGUUGUGUGGGAGAGAAGAAUGCUGGGCACUACGUAAACUAUCAUGCGCUACAGAUUUGCCAGUGCAACAGAGAGACCAGUGAAGAUCUUCACGAACUCGUCAAAGGUUAUUUUGCCCUCGACAGCUUGGGCAUCUCUAAGCAAAGUAAACUACUUCUGUCACACGAGGACCAACGAGCACAGUCAAUGCUGGAAUCACUCACUCGGCCCGUAGACAGCCGUUUUGAAUCCGGGCUUCUAUGGAAGUACGAUUCGGUCCGACUUCCGGAUAGUGCAGCGAUGGCACUGCGAAGAUGGCGAUGCCUAGAUAACCGCAUGAAGAAGGAUCCACUUCUGGCGGGCGAAUUGAACGCGAAAAUUCAGGAUCAUAUCAACAAAGGCUACAUUCGCAAGUUGUCCGCGGAAGAGCUGGAAGUAAACCACCCACGAGUUUGGUACCUUCCGAUAUUUCCAAUCGUCAAUCCGAACAAGCCGGGCAAAACGAGACUCGUAUGGGAUGCAGCUGCCACCGCCUUUGGAGUUUCACUCAACUCAGUUCUGUUAAAAGGCCCAGACCAACUGACAUCUCUUCUAUCUGUUCUGAUCCAGUUCCGGGAGUUUCGGACAGCGGUAUGCGGCGACAUCCGUGAGAUGUACCACCAAGUAAGGAUGCGGGAGGACGACCAACAUUGCCAACGCUUCUUCUAG